GGGAUGGGCAGGGACGCGAUGGUCGGGGCGGGGCCUGCGCGCGGGGGCGGCUGGCAUCUGUGUGGGCCUGGAGGCGGUAGUUCGGGGACUUCCCGGGGGCGUGUGCUCACCGUCCGGGAGCCGGGCGUGACGGCGCGCGGUGGAGAGACGCCUUCCCCCGCGGCGGGGCCAGGGCAGAGAGAUGGAGGCGCGAGGUGGUCCCUGCGGCUGUGCGAGCGCCUUGCGACUGGCGCCUGCGGAGGAGCCACGUGUGUAACGGAAGCACGGGAGCUCUGCGGGCGCUGGGCUGCCGGGGGAGAGCGGCGGUCCCGCGAGGGUCCGGAGGAGGGGCCGCUUCCCCCCAGGCCUGGCGCCGGCUCGGAGGAGCCCUCCGUUAGAGAGGGGCGGGGGCACGGUGAACACUGUAUUCAUUCCAAAGGAGGAAAGGCUUCCAGACCUGUUAAGAGGUCUGGGUAUCUAACGAGGUCUGUCAGGUAUUUCAUACCCAUCUUUUCAGUUCCAGGAGAAAUAUCAACAAAAAAAUCACUGCUUGGAACAGGGUGCUGUUAUAAAGAAAACCACAGGCCAGGCCAAGAUGGAGUCACUUACGCUAAGGCCCCAGAUGAACUUGGGAUUUCAAGCCCUCUGGUUCUCCCUCAGUCCAGGAAGUCUCCUCGGACCCUGCGCUAGGCGUGUUCUCUCCUGCUGAGCUCCUGUCACUCCCCAGGUCUCCUCUUCCUCUUAGCACCUGUGUUACCACUACUUGUCUGGUUAGUAAUUUGUCUCAUUACUUACCAACUGCACACGCUGGGGAGAAUUCUUCCCAGGAAACCUUGUUUCCCAUCUCCUGACACACUGCUGCCACUAAAUACUCUGAAUGCAUGUUGAAUGGUGGAUGAGCCAUUCUACCUAGUCCAUGUCUUUACAUAUUCAGUAAUAAAUUGUGAGUGAAUUGCUAUCUUUUUAUUAAGUUGCCAGAAGGAAUUAACAUAAGUAUUUUUGUGCUUUAAAAUAAUUCUUUUUCAAUGAAUGGUAACUUGAGAAAUAUUUGACUACUCCCAGGUUCCUGCACUAAAAUGAACUAGAAAAAGUGGUACCAAGGAAACCACGGUAUUAUUUAACUCUAUUAUUUCUGGAGUGAAAAUACAUUACAUCUUCUGUUAAUCAUGAAAGAUUAUUAGUCCAUGUUCUGUGUUCUGUAUUAUAAUUAUUUCCUGCUUAAAUUCGGUGACAUUGCUUGAGAUUGGUUAAAUCUGUGCUAUUAUUAUUCAUCUUUACCCAAAUAAUCCUC